AUGCCUCCGAUUUCCGUCAGCUGUUUUAUUUUCCCAUACACGUCAGGGCGAAAACAAUUGACACUGUCGGCAGAACGGCGUGGAGCAGAAUUUAGGGAACCCGGGGCAUUAGAAAACAACUGGGAACAAGACGACAACUGCAGAGCGGGACAGGAGCUGGUAAUUGCGAUCGAAAACUUAAAUAGGCAACGAGUGUCCCGGGCCCUCGACGAAGUUGGGACUUGGGACUUAACGAAUGACAAUGGCGUGGGGUGCGAUGAGCAACGAUUCGUUCAUUAAUAACAGGCAGAGAGCAAAUAACUCAUCAAGAGUCAGUUUACAUUUGUUAGUUAUCGCUCAUUAGGUGGCGCCACUGGCCCAAUUAAAACUCAGCGAGGAGAUGACUAACUCUUUGCCAGAGCUUCCGCUCUUAUCAGCGCAUUUAGGAGCUCUCAUUUU